AUGUCCAUGUUUCUACCACUGGCGCUCGAACCAAUUCCUCUGCAACGAGAACGAAUCAUCAUGUUAGCAGAAGCCUAUGCGAUUUAUGGGAGUUUGUUCAUCAAUGCAAUCUUUUUCAUCUUUGAGUAUGGGGCUGACAAGCCAUUUGAAAGCAUCAUGUUGGAACGAGCCUUCGAGGGGAUGAUUGCCAUUGCAAUGUUCAGCACCAUUUGGACAGCUCUUGCUGGUGGCAGUCUGUGGUUAUUUUGUAUUCUCAAUUCCGCCUCCCGAAACGACUGGGUAUAUGGACUUCGGCAUUGGCUUGCUUACAUGCAAAUUCUACAGCUAGUGGUGUACUUUACGACAGCAGUGUCUUUCUUUCUCGGUAUGUACAACCGCAUGAACAAUAUUUCUGAGAUUCAGUCGAUUGUCUUUAUGAGCAUAUUGGGGCUUGGGGCAGUGGCAUUGGGAAACGUGACCUCUAGUUUCCUGGCAAACUACAUGUCUCUGGAAGGUUUUCAUCUUCCUUUCAUCCUAAAGGUAAUGUUGUUCUAUCCAGUUGGAAUUAGUAACAAGACACUGAAAGCAAAAGCCACCAAACAAGCUGAAGAUCUGAAGGAAAGACUGGAAAGUGAAAAGGUCUUGAGCAAACAGGCACAGGCGCACCAAGAUGAACUUCUAGACUUGUUGAGUGCGGCAGCGGCUGUUUUGGGAAGAAGCAAUGCGGACACAAAACCGUAUGUAGCCAAGCUGCACAAAGAUUGGUAUGAUAACGUUGAGAGUCUCAGCGAUCUAAACGUGGAUGACCUUAGUAAAUACAUGCCGAGACGUCUGGCGCAAAGUGUCUCGACGUUGUUGCAGCAGCAACAAAACGAUGGAUCAUAG